AUGUGGGAGAGAGAAGUCCGAAUUUUACGCGAGGCCCUAGCCCCCUUCUACCAGUUGGAAAAGGAAAUGCGUAGAAAGGUCAUCGACAUUGAAGACCGACUCGAAGGCAAUUACGACGAACAUGUUCGUCUGAGAGAACGUGUCGUCACUGUUGAUGAUGUUACCAUGUCACUGGAGAAAAAGGUCGAAGAAUUGGAGGGUCUCCGUUCGAAGAGGCGACGAGUGGGUCGCAAUAACCAAGUUCGUGAAGAACCUUCACAGAAUGGCUAUGUAUCCCCCGACACCAAUGCCAUGAGACGGGUCUCUUCCAGUGUCGACGAGAGAUCCGUUCAUACGCCAUCUUCCCGGGCUUUAUCACCUAACGGCGUCGCGCCGGCUGCUCCUGAACCAGAAGAGCCUCGUUCAAGUGGUAUUCUUAACCUCGCUGAAAUACCUCGGCCCACCAAUUUCAACAUGUCUCAACGCCUGUCACCAGCACUAGAAGAGCCAAGGUCAAGUGGAUUCCUGACACUUGAUCUUGCUGAACGACUCAGUCAGAAAGCAGCUUCUGAUCAUGGACAACCUACUCUUCAACAAGCUGCUCGAAUCACUCCUCCACAAGAUCGACCAAGUCCACCCGGUUAUGCAAAAUCUAAUCCGGAUGUUUCACGAGCUAGUCGAACUCCUCCAGAGACUCAAGUGGUCUCUAGCAAAGCCCCUCAGAUUGAUGUGAUGGUGCUACCUGUCAACACAUCCCCAAGGAAGAGAAAGCAUCACGUUGACCACAUAGCCUUGGAUGUGCUUGCGGAUGUCACUGUUGCUAGUCCGCUCAUUCACUAA